AUGUCUUUCCUGGUAGACGAGGGAUUCGACAACUUGCAUCCAUGUACACUUAACUGCUUUUAUACCGCCGUGAACGAAUCAAUGUGCCAUGCAUCAGAUUGGACGUGUCUGUGUUCCGACACCAAAUUCUUUGCACUGACAACCGAUUGCAGCACCACUUCGAGCUGUAGUGUGAAGGCAAGCCUUUCGGCAACAAAUAUAACCAUGACCGCAUGUCGAAUACCCCAAGAUAGCCAAGCUGGGAUCUCUUCCAUUCUGGCUGGCGUCUUUGGGAUGUUGGCUCUCAUCAUGGUCGUAUUGCGUAUUACCCAGCGUUCUGUUUUCAAUGGAUUAGUUGGGCUGGACGAUUUUGUUAUUGCAGCAGCCAUGGUCUGCGCUGCUCCUCUUAACUGUUUGAUGUUUCCAAUGCAAAAUUUAGGACUGGGUACUAACACCUGGGCUGUUCCAUUCGAGCACAUCACAAAGGAGUUAGAGCUACUUUACAUAGCCGAGAUCUGUUACAUGGCAGCCGAAGCCCUGACACAAUUAUCUUUCUUGACCUUCUAUCUACGCAUAUUUCCUUCAGAAAAGUUCCAGCUGAUUGCAUACGUAUUGAUGGGGUUGUCAGCUUGCUUCGGUAUCUCCAACACUCCUGUCAUGACAUUCCAGUGCCUACCUAUCCCAUACUUCUGGUCCGGUUGGACUGGGGAGUACCAAGGAAUGUGUAUCAACAUCAACGCAUAUUCAUGGUACGAGGCAGCGGUGCAAAUCGCGAUGGAUCUCGCAAUAAUUGGUCUUCCAAUUUGGCCGCUUCUACACACAGCCAUGAAGUGGCAGAAAAAACUUCAGGUUGCCUCGAUGUUCUGUGCAGGAUUUCUAAUCACUGUAGUCAGUUGUCUACGGUUGCGGUCGCUCGUCAAGUUUUCGAAAUCGCCCAACACUACAUAUGCUAACACUCCAGCAAUAUAUUGGAGUGUUGUAGAGUGCGACGUUGCUAUUAUCUGCGCUUGCAUGCCUGCUAUACCUUCACUCCUAAGGAACAUUUCUCCCUUUCUUUUUGGACAAUCUCCGAAUUACAGGGACGAUACCUCGCCUCUCAGACAUACACCUCAAUCGAUUCCGUUGGAUCAUAUUCAAAAAGACGAAAAAUACAGAAAUUUGCAGGCGACCAGCUCUGAGACAUAUUUGGUUUAG